ACAUGAAGUUCUCCCAUAUCUCACCCACAAAACAAUAGCGCUGGUCGAAAGUGGCACGCGUUGCAAACGUUGUGAGACAUGCGAAAGCAAAAAUCGAUUUUAAUUUCCACUGAUUGAUAUGAUGCCAUUUCGGGAAUAUUUGUGAUUAGCAUAGUUGAAAGUAUGUAGAUAUGUAGUAGAACAGAAUUAUUUUAUUGUACGGGAAAAGUAGAAUGAUAUCACAUGAAUCGAAAUAUUUUUCGGAUAGCGAGAAGCAGUCAAGUAGGCGAGUGAGUUAUUCAAAACUAAACAUGACGAGUGAUUUUGGUUUGGAAGAACAUAUGGAGAAGUAUGAUCUGGAGCACUCAGCUAUUCACAGAAAAUUGCAAAGCAAAGUUGAGGCCCUAAAAAUAAUGCGAAAUGAGCUGGAGAAAUAUCGCUCGGAACGCGAUCAGUUCAAGCUGAUGGCUGAGACCCUCCAAAUGCGUUACUCAGCUAUCAAGAAUAGUUUAAAUUCACCGGAAUUACAAGUAGCCGGACUAAGUCACAGCUCGGCCGUUGGAUUGAUUGUUAAUCAGACACGAGAGCGCAAUAUAUCUUUGACUACAGAAGUUGAAACUUUGAGACAACGAGUACACGAACUCGAAGGAGAUACUAAAGUACUUAGAAUCAAGAAUGCUGAUUUACAAGCCACCUGCAAUAGAUUGAAAUCUUCAGAUGAAAUGAAACUUAAUGCAAGCGGUGACAGUGUUUGGCAGGUACAGAAAUCCAAGCUCAUUUCUCAGAUGGAAGGUCUCAAAAAGAAAAAUGCUCAAUUGCAAUACGACAUCCGUUCGUUGCUGGACGAAAAAGAGGAAGUGGUGAUGGAAAGAGACGCAUACAAGUGCAAGGCUCACCGACUGAAUCACGAGCUUGGCAUUAUGCUGAAAGGAGAUAAGUCACAGCAGAAGAUUAUCGACGUAGAUAGUUUGAUUAUUGAGAACAAAUAUCAGCAAGAGAAAAUAGCCAAUCUGGAAAACGAACUGGAACUGGCGAAACAGUCUUCUGCCAAAUAUAAGACCAUGCUGGACACAAAGCGCAAAAAAGGUAUUAUCAAACUCGGGAGCAAUAACGGCCAGAGGAUCAUGUCUCACACACAAGUGAAGGAACUCCUCGCGAAUGGAACCGUUGAGGAACUACCGCUGAAGGCAGCCACCAUAUCUGAGCUAAAAUCCCUAUGUUUAGCGUUGCUGGAUAAUGUCAACGACAAGAGCUUGGCUUUAACACAUCAAAAGAAAACGAACAAGCUGUUAGCGGCGAAAAUAACUGAGCUCGAGCAACGAAUAAGGAUGUUCACAGACACGAACGAAGUCGCCUCGUCGUGUUUAUCACCGUCUCAAACACUACUCAAUGGCUACACCUCGGCCACCGUGGAUUUCGAUCUAAGCGAAGAGAUUAUUCAAUUGAAAGCUUCCAUUCGCAAUGAUAAUGGCCCGGAGGGAGAAAACUGCAAUGUUGAAGGAACCAAUUCGAACACAUCCCAAAGCCUUCCAAUUGAGUUGUUUUCAUCUGAGUCGAACAAAAGCCUUCCCAGCGAUUCAGAACCGGGUAACAGAAACUACGAUCACGAUUCCUCUUCCGAUUUCACCUCCAAUACGGAAGAGACCGGCGACAUACUUCUCGAACCGUACAUCAACGCAGACAGAAGUGAGCUAAGCGACAACAAACUGUCUGAUUUACCACCCGAAAUCGCUGAGCUCGUACGGCAACUAUCGGAAAGCAUGGACGAAAGCACAUUCUCUGCUAAUUGAAAACACACUUCACACAGAGUAAGCACAGUUCACUCAUGUGCAAGGGUCCUGUUAGCACUUCCAGUCGAGCGCGAAUUUGUUACUGUGUAGAUGUACACAUCGGAGUUUGUUUCGUAUUGUGUAUCUGAAAAAAUGCUGUUAUAUUGUGGAAUUUUCUGUAUUUUGAAGACAGAUAUCACAGACCUUGGGAAUUACGUUGUUUCUUACCAAUCGUUAUAUGCAAUAUGUGAGAACAGCAGUACACUUCAAUCUAGGAUAUUUUUUUCUUUUAAGAUGAGUUUGAUUUUAUGCAUUUGAAUAUUUGACGAGCCUUUUAAACAGAGCUUCUAAGUGCAUGAUUUGUAGUUUAAAAAAAAAUUGCUGUUAUAACUGUAGCACUGCAUAAGGAUCAACUGUUUUUGAUU